AUCUCCUUCCCUCAAAAUCUCCAAUUCAAAAAAGAGACAGCUACCCUUAUAUAUAUCUCUCUCCUCGACAUGCUGGAGUCCUAGACCUCAACCUGAAUUAUAUUUCUUCUGUUCUUCAGGUUUAAUUCACCCUUUCCGCCCUUUCCUUUCCUGUUUUCAGCUGCUACAAUCAUUCCAAGAAACCAAAAUAACUGGUCACCACACAAAACGGUACCAAAUUUUGAUUCUUUCCUUCAUUUUCAACUCGAAACUCAGCUCUUCUGAAAAACCCAUCUUCUCAGAUUUCUUCUUCUUAUCUUGUAGCUAGUCGAUCUCCUUUGACCUCAUCUUGUUACUUGUGUAAUAUUGGUAACCAUUCGUUUUUUUUUUUUCUUCCUGAAAUCACCAGCUUCCAUUUUUGUUGCGGGUAUAUAUAAUCAGCAAGAAGGCCUUUUCCACUCUCUACUUCUAGCAUUUAAAAAAAAAAAAAACAACUUUACUGCCUGAUUAGAUAGUACACCUUUCCUUCUUCUUGGCAUAGAAAUUGAUUUUGUUGGGCAUAAAUGGAGAAGUCAGGAGAUUGGGAGCAAAAGAUUAACCUGGUCAAUGAGCUAACAGAAGGGAUGGAGCUCGCUAAGCAGCUCCAAAUGCAUCUCAAUGUGACGACUACGACUACGGCUGCUUCUUAUUCUUCUUCUUCUACUUCUUCUUCCUCCAACGAAAUGCGUGAGUUGUUGGUUCUCAGGAUCCUAAAUUCAUACGACAAAGCACUCUCAAUGCUCAAAUGGAAUGGAUCCUUAGGAGACCAUCAACAGACAAUCGGAAGGUCCGAAUCGCCAAGGUCGCUUAGUGGAAGUCCACACAGCGAAGAUUCUGACCUGGAACAUAAGGAUCAUGAACAUAAAAAUGGCUCUAAAAAGAGAAAGAGUGCUGUGCCGCGGUGGACAAAACAAGUGCAAAUAUGCCCGGGGACAGGGCUUGAAGGGCCUCUUGAUGAUGGCUUUAGUUGGAGGAAAUAUGGGCAGAAAGACAUUCUUGGGGCCAAAUAUCCCAGAGGCUAUUAUAGGUGCACCCAUCGAAGUGUCCAGGGGUGUUUGGCAACCAAGCAAGUGCAAAGAUCCGAUGAAGACCCAACAAUUUUCGAAAUCACUUACCGAGGAAGGCAUACCUGCACCUCAGCUGCAGCAGCCUCCCACUCAGCUCCGCCCUCUUCAUCACCAGAAAAACAACCACCAAACACAGCCUUAAACAGCCAAUUAUUCCCGCAACAACACCACCAGCAGCAUCCACCUGAAACCCUCUUGGACUUCCAGAUCACAGGCCUCAGAGCCAUAACUUCCGGCCUAGACACCGGAAACCAGUUGUCGCUUCCGCCGUUGUACUUCUCCCCCACAUCACAUGUCGAGGCCGAAGGAAGCUACAUCCGGUCUCCUUCUGUUCCUGACAACAAUUUGAUCAUGGGGGGGAAUAUUCUUUCGCCUUCGUUCAUGCCUCCCGCGACCUCUGCAUCAAACUAUUUUCCGGUGUCACCGCCUAAUGAAAUGACCGGUGCGUUUGGAAGGAACCAAGGUAAUACUUUUCAGGGUAUGGAGUCCGAGCUCACGGAGAUUGUCUCAGGUGGAAAAUCUGCCACCCCCUCUCCAACCGUGGGUUUGGAUUUCCAGUUUGGUGGUACGGACCAAUUCGAGCCGUCCUUUCCAUUCGAUGAUGAUCCUGGAUUCUUUUAGCGAUUUUAGUUCCAAGAAGUGUUCAGAAUGCUAUAUUGAUUAGUUGCCAUGCAUACGGUAUCGAUCCACUCAAGGUGCGUGCGGUACUAUCAAUAUAGCAUUCUGAACGCAUUCAAUCGAGUGAUUUUAGGGCUUGUAAUGUAGUAGUAAUAUUUUUGUUUCCGAAAUUCCUUUACUAAAAAACACGUAACUUUUUAUGGUGGUCCUAUACGUGGUGGUCCUAUACGUCUAAGCAGAGGAUGUGUGGAAUAAACCUCAUCUGGUGAAGACCAGGAGAAUUUUGUGGUGUUAAAGGUAGGUAGGAGAAUAUGUAGGGCAUUACAAUAUCAUGGAAAUUAAUGAAGUGUAACGAAUUGUUGUAGACUUCAAUUGUACUCUUUUUUUUCCUUUUCUUU